UUUCACCAUCACAACAAUUCCAGAUCUUGUUAGAGCCUGUCCAGUUAGUUUGAGGCAUGUUGUGCUUUUUAAAUGCGCCCUUUUCUGUAGCAUUUUUUCAUUAAGGUGCUGACUUGUUAAAUGUUCCUUUCUGUUUUAGUUCAAUGAUGUCAAUGGCUUCAGCUUUGACAAACCAUUGGGUUGUUAGCGGUUCAUCCCGUCAUGACAUGAGCAACAGAUCUGAUGAUUGCUUCAAGGUAUUGACUUGGAACCACAAUGUGAUCAAGGGGAAGCAGUUCUUGCCCAGAGAAAAGGUUGCUCUGACUGGUUGGCAGAUCACCCGAGCUGUACCAAAAGAUCCCAAGAAGUGGUGGGAGAUAGACAUGAAGGACAACGUGAUAAAUAUCAAAUCACAGGACGAUUUUGAUGAACAGCUUCUGAUGGCCAGAGAUAAAUUCACAGUGGUGCACUUCUUUUCACCUAGCUGUGGAGCUUGCAAGGCCCUACACUCUAAGGUACAUCAGUUUGCCGAGAUGCAUCCAGGACUGCAAUUUCUUAUGGUCAACUGUAAUGAACAGACACAUAUCUGUAAGAGGCUCCAUGUCUGUGUCUUGCCAUUGUUCCGCUUUUACAGAGGCGCCGAAGGUCGUAUUUGUAGCUUCAGCUGCACAAUUUCAACUAUUCAUAAGUUCAAAGAUGCUCUGAAAAAGCAUGGGGUUCAGACUGAGAGUCAAGCAGCAGAAAAGGGGUGGGACGAAUAUUAACUUAAGAGCUGACCCACCUACUGAUAUCUCAAAUGCAAGUGAUGCUUCACCGAAAAUGGACAGAGAUGAUGGCCCCAUUGAACCCAGCAAUGACUAAAUCAGUAUGCUGCAGAUUGCCCAGUUUGAUAGUUUUGAUGUAUGUGCAUAGAAGCUGAGUAUUCAAAAGAUUAUGGCCCAUAUGCGCUUAUAAUGGCCCUAUAUUUAAAAAUUUGAGGGCCAAUAAGCAUAAAAUAGGUACAAAUUUUGAAUAUCAAAGAAUUUUAAAUGACGCUAUCAGUUACCACAUGCUGUUUUUUUUCUUGAACACAAAGAAGAACUGCAUGUCAAUGGAUUAUGAAAUAGAGUUUGUUAAAGCUGA